GGAGUGCGCCCCCAAAUCGCUCAGCUCAGUCAGUAACAACUCAGACCCGUCAGUGUAAGGGUGUAAGUGCGCCACGCUCCUUCCCGGUACUGGAGCGGAACUCGCGAUAAAAUUUCAGAAUCCUUGCUAUGGAAUACCAGUAAAACACCCCAUUCUAAGGAAGUAAGGUAUUCAACAUCUUGACAGCAGAGAUUACUGAUAAGAGAGCCUCCUUUAUCACUGGAGAGGACUUCAAGAAAGGUGAGGACAUUUCUACUACGGCCAUCAUCACUUUAGGAUUGGAAACCAACAACGGUGGGACAUCGCCCCUCCACAGUUAAGCUCAGGAGCAGCCCCGGGCUGGAGAAAGUUGGGCUUUGAGGUCGGUGGUCGGUGAAUGGAAUUGUGUGGGGGUUGUUUCGUCAGGCUGGAAGAUUCCCAGCCCUACUAUUACCGGUCCAAAAUGAUGAAAGCCAGACAUUUUGCCCGCCGUUUCUCAUUGCAGCCUGCACUGUACGAGGAGGAAAGGCCGACGUCGGUGAGUAAGGAUGCUGACAGAUCAACUACUGUACUGGAGGACGACACUGACUGGGACACGCCUACCCCAGUAACCAAGGAAGAUGAAGCGAGCGGGCCAUCGGCCAGCGCCGGGACGAGCUCGGGGGCGACGGACAAGGGGACCGCCGAAAGCAAAAAGAAGCGCUACAGAAUCGUGGUGAUGGGGGCUGCCAAAGUUGGGAAGACAGCCAUCAUCAAUCAGUUCCUCUACGAUCAGUUCACCCCAAAGUACACGAGGACAGUCGAGGAGAUGCAUCACGGAGAAUACGAGGUAUCAGGGAUGUCUCUGACUCUAGAUAUUCUAGACACUUCUGGGUCGUAUGAGUUCCCUGCUAUGCGUGAACUCUCCAUCAAUACAGCAGAUGCUUUCAUACUCGUCUAUGCUAUCAAUGACGCAGAGUCCUUUGAAGAGGUACGCAACUUGAGGGAAAUAAUCAUGAACACUAAGAAGAAAACAGUUCCCAUUGUUGUGGUUGGUAAUAAGAGAGACAUGGAGGAUCAACGUGCCGUUCCUACCGAGGCUGCAGAAACUAUAGUUCUUCUGAAUUGGGAAAAUGGAUUUCUUGAAGCCAGUGCUAAAGACAAUCUUAAUGUGCUGCACAUAUUUAAAGAAUUAUUAAACCAAGCCAAAAUAAGGUAUGCUCUAAGUCCAGCUGUGAAGAGGCGCCGACAAUCUAUGCCCAACGUUGGAAUGCAGAUUACACCAUCUCAGCUGUCUCAUUUGCAACAUAUCAAACAAAAGCACAGUGGAAAACGAAAUUCUUGUGUGAUUUCGUAAGCAUGAAACAUUGAAACUCCAGACACAGAACAGUUAAUCUGAAAAGCAAUAAUUGGUACAUUUCAAGAAAGUUGUACACCUUCAAUAUUGACUAUGGAGGUAUGUCUCCUUUAUUCUUGGCAGUAUCAAGAAUAAAUGUGCUGAAUUAUUUCCAAAGAAAAGCAAAUGUGGAAAUUUGACUGAAAGUGAGGUACUAAAAUGACAAAAACUAUUAUGAAUAAAGUUUGAAACAAUUUUUGUGUUAAUAAGAAAUAACAUACUGGAAUUGAACAUAUUUAUAGGUAUUCUCUUGAUGUUAUUUCAUUUACUUCCUCAGGAAUGCCUGUUAUGAUACCAUUAGAAGAUUUGUUUAAGCCAAUUUUAAAAAAGCUUUCAUAAAAUUGAUUGCAAAUAAACUGACUAAUGAGCAGCAGCUUUAAUUGCAAAGCUGAUUUGACAAACUUUUGGAGAAAACUGGUGACCCUUAAACUUUUCAACUUGCUCGUCUAAUUUCACUGUCCGUGCCAAAAUAACAUUGUGCAAUUUCCUCCCUUUCAAGUGAUUACAUGCAGUGUUCAUGGAUUAUCUCAUCAAUGGUGUAAUACCUUGUCUAUCCCAUAUCAUGGCUUUUAACUCCAUUUUUACUCUCUCUCUCAAAAGAUGCAAUUUGAUAUGAUAAAAGGACACUAAUUUAGGUUCCAGUAUUACAUAAUCACUCUGAUAUAAAGACCACAAGGCAUAAAAAAAUUCUUAUUAUCCAAAUGUCCUAUCAAAUCUAAGUUGUGCAUCAAGAACCAAAAUUGGAAACAGUAUGACAUAAUGGUUUUUAUUAACCGAAGUGAUUUUAUAUAUUAAAACUGGUUUCUUAUGCUGAAUUAAAUGACAAAGCAGCAGCCUUUUACUAUCAAUAUUGUUAAUGAUAUUCAUAAAAUACCUUUGACUUUCAAAAUGGUCCUUGGGCUUGAAUGUGCACGACUGUGUGAAUUUUCAAGAUUGCAUAAGUGAUAACAUAAAGUAUAAAUUCCACAGUUUUAUUGGUUUACUAUAGACACUGAAGGAGGAUUACUGUAAUACUGAAACUGCCAAAUGCUUUUUACUAGUCAGGUCAUCUGUAUGCCUGUUUACAAACUUCUCCCAAAUUAUGGAUACAUAACGGAUUCUCCCAGAUUACGGAUACAUAAUGGAAAGAUGCUUCCUCUUGGUAUUUGUAUCAUCCAUCCUGAAAUUAUUUCACAAAAUUUUAAAUGGAUUCCAAGUGCUGGGCAAACAGGUGACAUAUUUUGGAAGAGGCAUUUUACUGUCGAGUUCCUAAGUAAUCAAUAAUUUGAACAUGAAAUAUCCAACUGUAGUCAUCUGAUAUUACAAAUAUUAUUCAAACUGGCAAUGACUGCCAUUUGUCAAGUAUUAUCAACUUAGGGACAAAUUAAAAAUCAAAUACAUAUUCUAGUUUGUGAGUUUUCUAAGGAAAUAUGCCAAACCUGAUAUGCAAUGAUGUGAUAAGUUUGCACAUAGCUAAGGUAAUGCCAUUUUAUUGACUAGAUUUUUAGUUUAUGUUGUGUUUAAAAGUACUUGUUUAAUUGACGACAGAGUGCAGAGCCAUCAUACUUAAUGUAUCAGCAUAAUUUAAAUCCUAAUCCUCUUGCCAUAUUGCCAGUAAAAUGCCUCCCUGCUUUCUUUGUAUGCAUUUCAACUUGUGCUUAAGCAAGGAGAGAAGUGUUCUUUGCUUUAUCCAUAUCUGUCUUGGUACUACAAGAGUUUCUAAUGUUAAUCGUACAUCAACCAUACUGUGCAAUGAAGCUUUCCUUUUCCUUCUGUGAGGAGUUUAAUUCAUUACUGCAGUAAAUUUUUCAAUAGUUUCAUGCAAUAAUUGGUCAUUUUGAUGUCAUAGCUCUUUCACCCAGUACACACUGUAAUGUACGUAUUACUGUAGUAAUUAUGUAAUUUAUUUCAUCCAGUGAUUUUUACACAUAUCCUAUCUCGGUCUCCUGUGCUGUAUAUGUCAUAAAUUACUAAAGUUUACUUUGGUGGAUUUCAUUCUGAUCUGAUUACAAAGCAAAUCUACAGUAAGCUAGGCUAGAGUUGUUUAAAACUUGUUAGGCUUAAGCUUUUUAUUUAUUGGAAUAGUAUUUAUAAAUUUAUGUACUAUCUGUAAAGAAUGCUUUGUUGUAAGCUGUCUAGAAUUGAUAUAUUUUUCAUUGUUUAAAUAUAGUUUGCGUAAAUAGUUAUUAGUUACAAAAGCUCAGACAUUUUAAAUUUGUUUUAGCUUGAGUUAAUAUUAAGUAAAGUAAGUAAUGAUUUGAUAUGUAAACAUUGCAGCCAUGUUUGUACAGUUUAACAAGCUAAAAAUUACAUAUCUAUAGAGUGCAAUAUGUGUCAUU